GAUUCCUGAAAAAUAGAAAAGACAGCCAUAACAUGUGACUUUCUACAUUUGCUCUGAGUUUCUGUUUACUCCUAGUAUUCUUCUUGACAACAGGAGACAUGCAGAGUUUCUCAUUUGAAUAGUAUGCCAGAACAAGUGAUCAGGUUACACCUGUUUAGGUUAUACUGCCUUGGAAACCACAGGACUCCAUUUCCAAGGCUUGAAGCUGUAAAAACUCCCUUUCUGGGAAAAUCAAUCAUUAAUUUUUAAGGGUACCAGAAAACGACUGUUUUUGUAAACCAUCUGCUGCAUUAGAGUUGGCCCUUUGUGACACACCAACCAUGAGCUGGGGAUUCCUACGAGAUGUCCUAAGCGGAGUGAAUCAGUAUUCAACAGGAAUUGGCAGAAUCUGGCUGGCUAUUGUCUUUAUAUUCCGCCUGCUGGUCUAUGUAGUGGCUGCAGAAAACGUGUGGAAAGAUGAACUGAAGGAAUUUGAGUGCAAUAUUAGGCAGCCUGGCUGUGAAAAUGUGUGCUUUGAUCACUUCUUCCCUGUUUCCCAGGUGAGGCUUUGGGCCUUGCAACUAAUCAUGGUCUCCACCCCAUCACUUCUGGUUGUUCUCCAUGUUGCCUAUCGAGAAAACAGAGAAAAAAGACACAAGAAAAAGUUGUACAAGAAUACAGGAAGCAUGGAUGGUGGGUUGCUCUGCACCUACCUUAUCAGCCUCCUUUCCAAAACAGCAUUUGAAAUCAGCUUUCUCUUUUUAUUUCACAAGUUAUACGGCGGCUUCAAUAUUCCCCGUCUUGUUAAGUGCGACAUGCCUCCAUGUCCAAACACUGUUGAUUGCUACAUAUCUAGGCCAACAGAGAAAAAAGUCUUCCUGUAUAUAGUGGUGGUGACAUCAUGCUUAUGUAUUGUUUUAAAUGUCAUUGAACUCACCUACUUGAUCUUCAAAUACUCAAUCAAAUGCUGUUUCAAAAAUUACAUCAAGAAAGUUCAAGACUCCAAAUAUGAAUGCAGGAAAACAACUUCUAUUGAUCAGCAAGGAACAACCUUGGGCAGUGGAAACGAUUCAGCUACUCCCUUCAGCAUCCCCGGACAUGAAGUAAAUCUGCCUCCCAAACCACAUGAAACAUAAAAGCACUUUCAGAAUGCUAUAUAAACUGUAUUUUAACAAUUAAUUGAACAUAUAUCCAGAUAAAAGUAUAGCAGUUUAAGGAUUUUAAACAGCAGGAACGAUUUCUCCAUACAUAUUAUUCCAAAUAACUGAUUUUAAUGAAGAUGCAAAAACCUGAUAUUGGCCCUGAGCUGCUGUAGUAAUGUUUGUGAUAGAGAAUGAAAAAUAAGUUAUUGUAAAGGACUUCUAAUAUUUG